AUGGCAUCUACCCAGCCUGCUGUAUCCCUAUCCUUUGAGGCCAUCGAUGACCUCAUUUACUCCGCACGGGUAGGGGAUCUGCAGUCGUUACAGACUGAUAUUGCGAACUUAAGCCACGAGCACAAUUGCCCAGCUGCAUCCAUCGUGGGGUCGGCCAUUGAUAGCGAAGAUGAGAAUGAGGGUGGCACGGGAGCUUGCCUUCUACAUUGGCCCGCUGCAAACGGAAAUAUCGAAAUAUUAAAAUACCUCCUUGAAAUAUUACACAAUCCCGCCCAGCCACCCCCCCUUAUCAAUCACCGAAAUCACUCGGGAAACACACCACUUCACUGGGCCGCUCUUAAUACGCAUCUCGAAUGCGUCAAGGCCCUGGUCGAAGCCGGUGCUGACGUUAACAUUAAGAACGGCGCUGGUCACGAUGCGGCUUUUCUCGCAGAAAGGUCCGAAUGGGGCACCGCGGCUGAAGCUGAUGAUACACAGGAAAAUAGCGACGAAGCUACGGCCACAGCGGCUUCGUCGGCGGAUGGUCGCCCAAUCUCAAAAGCUAUGCAGGUAGUGGAAUGUCUAUUGACUUAUGAUCGAGACACGAACCAGGGCCAAGACGCCGAUGUAGGGCCGAGCAAUGGAAAUGGGCAUGAUAUGGAAGUAAAUGGUGCGAACGAGGCCAACUGA